AUGGGGCCCCCCGGGCAAUAGGGGAUCAUGGGGCCCCUGUGUCCUUGCCCAAACUCAAAAAAGCCUAUGAAAAAGGUACCAGGGGCAUCUCAUGGGGCCCCCUACUGACCCCCGGGCCCUCGGGCAGAGUUCCCACAGGAAACUCCCUAGCAGGUGUUAGAAAUGAGGACUUCAGGGCAGGGGCGGACUGACAACUCAUGGGGCCCCCGGGCAGUAGGGGAUCAUGGGGCCCCCGUGUCCUUGCCCAAACUCAAAAAAGCCUAUGAAAAAGGUACCAGGGGCAUCUCUUGGGGCCCCCUACUGACCCCGGGCCCUCGGGCAGUGCCCGAGUUUCCAAAUGGUCAGUCCGCCCCU